CAUAUUUCUGACAUCGAUCUUAUUUCAUCUCAUCCUCCACGAUCUCGUUUGGGCUCGUUCGGAGGCGUCUGAUGAAUCGAUGAUCCUCACUCGUUUUAUUCGUUAAUUAGUCUCUCAUUCUCAUUUCCAGCCCCGUUGAAAAGAACACUUAGACCGUUUCUUUGUUGACGCCACUUGAGUUUGUCUAUUUGGCCUUGCUCGCAUGUCGACUGGAGUUGACAGUCGACAUCUGCAAACUACAGUAUCCUAUAUACACUCAGAAGCGAGUCCCUAUCGGCGAUCCAACUCGCAGGCUUCCCGAGCUGUGGAACCCGUGGAAAGUCCGCAAAAACCAUCGAAGCAGCGACGCUUUUCAGUACUAGCAAAUAUGGCACAGACUCAGAGAUCCCGUUAUUUAAAGACGGGUGCCAUUGUGGCAGCCCUGUUGCUGAUGUUGCUCUGGAUUUCUCCGUCAAGACCUAUGCGCCCGGGCUUCCCUCAAGGACGACCAAGCACGAGUGCUCCCGCCAAAGAAAAGUGUUCAAAGCCCCAUGAUCCCAAAAAGCCAUUGAUUCAGUAUGCUCUUAUGAUUGAUGCCGGAAGCCAAGGGUCUCGAAUUCACGUCUAUCGAUUCAACAACUGCGGCCCCUCCCCGGAACUUGAAGAUGAAGUGUUUUUCAAGACUGAACCGAAGAAGGGCGGCUCCGGGCUGAGUUCUUACAAAGAGGAUGCUGAAGGAGCAGCCAAAAGCCUUGAUCCUCUCAUGGAGGUUGCAAUGAAGAAUGUUCCUGAUGAAUACAAGUCUUGCUCGCCAAUUGCUGUAAAGGCCACAGCCGGAUUGCGCAUGCUUGGCCCAGAAAUGAGCCAGAAGAUCUUGGACGCGGUACGGACUCGACUCGAGACUGUUUACCCGUUCCCUGUGGUUUCCAAAGAGAAGGGAGGAGUGGAAAUCAUGGAUGGCUCUGACGAGGGUGUCUAUGCCUGGAUCACAACGAAUUACCUUCUCGGAAAGAUUGGCGGUCCUGACGAAACACCUACUGCUGCAGUCUUUGACCUUGGUGGAGGUUCUACCCAGAUUGUUUUCCAGCCCACAUUUCCGAAGAGCAAGUCAGGCGGCAUGCCGGAGCGCUUGGCCGAAGGUGACCACAAGUACGAUCUCCAGUUCGGUGGCCGGCAUUUCGAGCUGUAUCAGCAUUCUCACCUUGGCUACGGUCUCAUGGCUGCGCGCAAAGCCGUUCACACAUCCAUCGUUGAGAAUAUGCUCGCGUCGAGUCCCAAAGACCUGUCCUGGCUUAAGCAGCCAAUCCCUAACCCUUGUAUCGGGCCCGGGAUGGAGAAGAAUAUCACUUUGGAAUUUCCGGAAGGACACAAGCUCGCUCCAGAAGUGCAGGUUACAAUGGCUGGCCCUAAGGUAGGGUCUACCGCCGCUCAAUGUCGUGGUCUUGCAGAGAAGUCUCUGAACAAGGAGGCUGCAUGCACCCUUGCUCCUUGCUCCUUCAACGGCGUCCACCAGCCUUCGCUUGAGAAGACAUUUGCCAGGGAAGACGUAUAUAUCUUCUCUUACUUCUACGACCGUACCAAGCCUCUGGGCAUGCCUGACUCGUUCACUUUGGAUGAAUUGCAUCAGCUUACGUCGACCGUUUGUGGUGGCGAAGAUAGUUGGGGCAUCUUUGCAGGCAUCGAAGGUGCCCUGAAAGAGCUUCAUGAUCGGCCCGAGUGGUGCUUGGAUUUGAACUUCAUGAUGAGUCUGCUGCACACUGGCUAUGAAAUGCCCCUCACUCGCGAGGUGAAGAUUGCCAAGAAGAUUAAGAACAGAGAACUUGGAUGGUGUCUCGGGGCAAGUCUGCCCCUUUUGAGCCAAGAAUCUGGCUGGACUUGCCGUAUCAAGGAAAUCUCAUAAUGGAUGAUGCUGCUAUGUCAUGCUUUAAUUUCUUAAUUGCCAUGGAUUCAUUGGCUGUAUCUCUGCUUCUUCUUUCGUGCAAAUACAUUAGACCAUUGACGGUCGAUUAUCACUUGAUCUUGAUGUAUUAGACCACUGAUUUGUUGUUCUUUGCGGCCGACUGCUGUCCGGUUCACAGAACCUUGCCAGAAUAUUAUACCUGUGAAUGUGCAUAAAUGACUCACUGAUUGUUAGAUACAUUCAGAAAGAUUGACUUCUACAUCAAAUGAAUGAGCGGAAAAAAUGGUUUUUGGUCGUCAAGAACACGGAG